AAAUACUUUUAUUCAAACACAAAUUUUUAAAAGAGAGACUGAAAAAAAAGGAGAGGGUCGUAGCUUCCUUCUCUCUCGUCUUCGAUUUGGAUAAUUUUCUUCUCACUCUGCUCUCGCUAGGGUUUUCAGAAUUGCGAAAUUAUCAAUGAAUCUGGUUCGUUAGUUCGAGAACAACUGAACCUGAAAUGGCCGCGGCGAGGAACGUAAACGUGAUCGUGAUCGGCGAUGGCUCGAGGACACUGAGAGACGAGGAAAGCGGAAAUGGCAAAGCUAAAGAAGGAGAAGAAUCGCCGACGGCAAAGCGCGUCAAAUCGGACAGAUUUCCACUUACACGGUGGGAAUUCGCGGCGUUUGUUGGUGUAUUUUUGUUGUUUGUGAGCGGUCUCUUCUGUGUUUACCUCACAAUACCUCCUGCUGAAUAUGACAAGCUCAAGCGCCCUCGCACCAUUUCUGAUCUUCGCUUGCUGAAGAAUAAUCUUGCAACAUAUGCAGAAGACUACCCAGCACAGUUCAUUUUAGGAUAUUGCUCAACGUACAUCUUUAUGCAGACAUUUAUGAUUCCAGGAACAAUUUUUAUGUCAUUGUUGGCUGGAGCUCUUUUUGGUGUUGUUAGAGGUCUUAUGUUAGUUGUAUUAAACUCUACUGUUGGAGCUUCUUCUUGUUUUUUCCUUUCUAAGUUAAUAGGCAGGCCUUUGGUUCUUUGGUUGUGGCCUGAAAAGUUAAGAUUUUUCCAGGCAGAGAUAGCAAAACGUAGAGAAAAGCUACUCAAUUACAUGCUAUUUUUGAGGAUUACUCCAACAUUGCCGAACCUUUUUAUCAAUUUGGCGUCUCCUAUUGUUGACAUACCGUUUCACAUUUUCUUUUGUGCAACUUUGAUUGGUCUUAUCCCAGCCUCCUACAUCACUGUCAGAGCUGGUAAUGCGCUAGGAAAUCUCAAGUCAGUCAAGGAUCUAUAUGAUUUUAAAACACUUUCUGUACUUUUCCUUAUAGGCUCUGUUAUCAUAUUUCCAACUCUGCUGAAAAGGAAGCGAAUCUAUGAAUGAAGGAUCCGAAAAGAGUAGAGCUACAGCUCUUCAGUGGCAGUCCUUUUCACCCAAAGCAUCAGACAGCAGGUCUCCAUUGUCCAUUAUAUAUUACUGGUUGAUCACCCUCCCUUUCCAUUACUUUUUUUUUCUUACCCUUGAUAUAAUUUAAAUAAAUCGACUCCCAAGACAGAUUAUUUGAAAAUUAGGAGGGUGAAAUUGCCUAGAAAAUAUGUUCUUUAUACUCUUCAUUAUCUGCACGUAGUGGUGCCAUCCAUUAGUAACAAGUGUAGGAAUGUAGUACUCAGCUGUAACAGCUUUGUACCCUAUUUGCUCAGAUUCUCUUUUUGUUGUAUCUGAUCCAUGAGUACGGCCUUAGUCACAAAUUGCAGGAAAAUGUUUAGUAAAAUUAUUAGAUGGUGAAAAUUUUUGCAUUUGAUAUAUAAUAUUAAGUUAUCAGAUAA